AUGCAAAGAUUGAGACAAUCUCUUCUUGCCAAUAGCACGGUGCAGUUGGGAGACGAUGACGAUUUUAAUCAAUUGAAUUUGCCAUCAAACUCUCAAGUGCAAUUGCAAACACCAACUCUGUUGGCUCGUUCCUAUACUUUUCUUAAAGAAAGAGUUUUACCACAAAAAAUCGAUGAUGAAGAAGAAGCGAUUCAAUUGUCACUUGUACAAAAGUUUUUAAAGUAUAGAGUAUUUCCAACAAAAUUAGUAACAGAUAUUAUCCAGGCUGCAUUAGUAAUUCUUUUUAUUAUCUUUUAUGCAUCCGAAUUUAAAGGAUAUAAAUCAGAUAUGAGUAAUACUUUUUCGAAUUAUUUCCUUCCAAAUGGAUUUCAAAAUAUUAAGGAUAACGAUGAUGGUUUCUUCACUUAUUACAUUUAUAAUGUGGACGAUCUGCAGAAGAAUAUUCAGAGUCUUGUAGCAAAAUACUAUUCGAUACAGGAAAAUUCUGUUAGUGUUUUUGUUCCUACUAGUCAAAAUCUUGUAAAAUUGAGAGCUACCUUAUAUAAGGAAAAUAUUAGACGACUAAUUGCAAAUGAAACUAAUGGAGAUAGCGAUCCAUCAAUGAUUGAUUGGAGAUUUAUUGCAAGAAGAGACGUUCACUCAUUAUUUUCUGAUGAAACCAUCGAAAUCAAUGAGAAUUUAACAGAUUCAGAACCCCUUGGCUCUCUAUUUAACGUGACAGGAGACGAUCUUAAAUAUCUUGUUGACAGAAUCACAAACUUGGAACUCUUUUUCAAACUGAUAAGUAUUGAUACCAAAGUUCAGGGAUUUCCUAAUUGCUACAAAUGGACUGUUCUCUUUAAGUUCGUUUUUGAUGGAGGUGGCAGAGUUCCAAUGAGAUUAUCUUACAAGUAUGAUAAUUGUGUGGCAAAUGAAGAUGCUUAUUAUUCAUCUAUUUUCCAAAGACCAAGAGGUUGGAUUGGUAUUUUGAUGUGUAUUUUUGCGUUUAUUUCUUUUAUAUUUUACAACAAAUCAUUAAUUACUAGAUUAACUGUAUUCUUUAAAAGAAAAAAAACAAACAAAUUGAUGAGAUUUUAUGACCUAUUUACUGAUUAUCUAGGAAUUUGGAUUUAUGUUGCUUUCCUUAAAGAUGUCAUGUUAAUUAUUGGAUAUAUUACAAUGAUUGUCAAAUCAGGUGAGAGUACAGAAUUAGCUUCUCAAACAUUUCUUGGCAUUGGAUCAUUCCUUUCUCUUGUAAAUUUAACAAAAUACUUUAAUUAUCAAGCAAAAUUCUACUUGGUCAUUAGAGCAUUUACAAGAGCUAUUCCAAUAAUUAUGAAGUAUUUGUUCAGUAUAGCUCCAAUAUUUGCGGCAUUUGUUUGCACAGGUGUUAUGUGGUUCGGAUUUUACUCUUCUUAUUUCAAAAACAUUGAUAACACUAUGGUCACAUUAUAUAGUGCCCUUCAAGGUGACAACCUUAGAAUUGUAUUCGAGAAAUUGUAUGCUUAUGGAACUUUCUACAAAAUAUUGGGAAGAGCUUAUACUGUCAUAUUUUUAUUGCUUUUCAUUUGUGCAAUUGUUAACAUUUUCUUGAGUAUUGUCCAAGAAUCUUAUUCGAAUGUAUUAAUGAAAAUUGCCGAGGCUGGUGGUGAACAAGAAGCUGCCACUAAAAGUAAAGAGAAGGAAGCUAAAUUUGAAAAUCUUACCAACAAGACAUAUUUACAUUUGAAGAAGAAGGCAGAAAAUGAUGAAAAUGGAGGUAAUUCUUCAGAUAGCGAAUUAACAGAUGAUGUUCUACCAACAGCAGAUUCUAAAUAUCCUCUGCGAGCAACUAAGGAUGACUUUUUAGCUGAUGAGCCAUUAUUCUUUUCAACACUCAAGAAGGCCGUUCAAUCCAAACUUGAGCAACAAUAUUUAGGAAAGGCGCCUGCCUAUCAAAUGGAGAAUCUUAAAAAUCUUGUUAAGAAUUCCAAUAAUUUAAUUCAAAAAGUAAAUGAUUAUUAG